CGUUAUGUUCGUGCCAGUGCUGGCGGCCCUGUGCGCCGGGUUGCGCCUGGCGCUGGGGGUGCGCGGGGCCCCGUGCGAGGCGGUGCGCAUCCCCAUGUGUCGCCAGAUGCCCUGGAACAUCACGCGGAUGCCCAAUCACCUGCACCACAGCACGCAGGAGAACGCCGUGCUGGCCAUCGAGCAGUACGAGGAGCUGGUGGACGCCAACUGCAGCUCGGUGCUGCGCUUCUUCCUCUGCGCCAUGUACGCGCCCAUCUGCACCCUGGAAUUCCUGCACGACCCCAUCAAGCCCUGCAAGUCGGUGUGCCAACGCGCGCGGGACGGCUGCGAGCCGCUCAUGAAGGUGUACAACCACAGCUGGCCCGAGAGCCUGGCCUGCGACGAGCUGCCGGUCUACGACCGUGGGGUGUGCAUCUCGCCUGAAGCCAUCGUCACAGAACUCCCAGAGGAUGUAAAGUGGAUAGACAUCACGCCAGACAUGAUGGUUCAGGAACGGCCUCUUGACCUUGAUUGUAAACGUCUAAGUCCAGAUCGGUGCAAGUGUAAAAAAGUAAAGCCAACUCUGACGACAUAUCUGAGCAAAAAUUACAGUUAUGUCAUUCAUGCCAAAAUAAAAGCUGUGCAGAGGAGUGGCUGCAAUGAAGUAACUACAGUGGUGGAUGUGAAAGAGAUUUUCAAAUCCUCAUCACCCAUUCCUCGAACUCAAGUCCCGCUCAUUACAAAUUCUUCCUGCCAAUGUCCUCACAUCUUGCCCCACCAAGAUGUGCUCAUCAUGUGCUAUGAGUGGCGUUCAAGAAUGAUGCUCCUUGAAAAUUGUUUAGUUGAAAAAUGGAGAGAUCAGCUUAGAAAAAGAUCUACACAGUGGGAGGAAAGGCUUCGUGAACAACAACAGACAUUUCAGGAAAAGAAGCAAACAACGGUGCGCACCAGUCGUAGUCAUCCCCCGAAACCGAAAGGAAAGCCUCCUGCUCCUAGACCAGCCACCCCCAAGAAAAGCAUCAAAACAAGGAGUGCCCAGAAGGGAGCAAACCUGAAAAGAGUGUGA